AUGGGAUGCAAACCUUCUACUGCAAGACUGAGACCUCGUUCGAGUCUUCCACAAAUGUCAAGAGGGGCCUUUCCACAGCAUGGGCACUAUCAUACAGACGUGUCAACGGAGGAGUUGCCACCCAAGUUGAACAAGCAUCUUGAGAAAAGAGGGAAAGAAAAGAAUCAGAAGAAUCAACCUUCCAAGCCAUCUGUCUCAUUGCAAAUACAAGGAACACAAGAAUCAGUACAAAAUAACCUCAAAACGAUGGCACCGACGGCUCAAGCGCAAAAUACGGCAAAGAAGGAGAAGAACACAAAAGAAGGUCAGAAUCAGGCGAAUGAAAACAAAGAAAUGGAGAUAAACCCAGAAUCAGAGGAGAGGAAAGUCGUUGAAGUAGGUAUAACAUCGAUUAUUUGGUUGCAACGUUUAGAAAGUUGAUGAUUUUUACGUGAAUGCCAAUCAUCAACGGAGGCAAAAUCUUCAAAAAGAACGACGGCAAAAGAGAUUGGAGAAGAUGGAAAGAGAGAAGGGAAAGGAUUAUGUUGAUGGUAACAGGGACUCUUGGAAUUUUAAAAAUAUUUCUAAUUUUAGAAAUUAUCGGAAUAAGAGAAGAUAAACAAGGUCGUCGAAUGAUGGCUCGAAUGAAUGCUCGUGCUGAAGAUGACACAUUGUAUGAAGUGUAUGGUGAGAUGCCCACCGUCUAUUACUCGGAAGAAAUACAACCCCUUGAUACUCGAGGAGAAUUGCCAGCAAAGAUUAAUCACGAUGUCGAGGCUCGCUGA